AUGUCCCUCCAAACACCCCGCGUCCUCCCCGCCCACCUCCACGCCUUCCACCCCUCCAACGCAAACCCCCACGUCACAAACACCGUCCGUCUACUGGGCACAGUAACAUCUCUCCGCGGCGAUACGGCGACCAUCACAUGCGGAGAUAACGGAGACGUGACGCUGAUCCUGAAGCCCGAUUCGCAUCUGCAGAUGGGCAAGUUGGUCGAGAUUGUUGGGAAGGUGACUGAUGUUGAGGGGCAGGGUCUUGGUGUGAGGGUGUUGGGUAGUUUUGAUUGGGGGAAUCCCUCUGAUUGCGAUUAUAAGAUCUAUGAGAAUGUUGUGAAUGCGACACAUCGGUUUAAGUCGCUUUUUUAUGAGGCGGCUGAGUAA